AUGGGGUUACCCCAGUGCUUGCUUCUGUUAUUGAUAUUUUUCUUCAACGGCUGCAACACACAUGAGCAGUCAUCUUAUUGUCAUGAUGAGGAGAGCUCUGCCUUGGUACAGUUCAAGGAGAGCUUUACUAUCAGCGCAUCCGCUUCGGGUUUAGAGGGUGCUUAUCCGAAAGUGUUGUCCUGGAAACCAGCUCAAGGAGGAAACAAAACCAACUGCUGCACAUGGGAUGGUGUCGAGUGUGACGAACAGACCGGUUAUGUGAUCGGGCUUGAUCUCAGAAGCAGUUGUCUCUUCGGCUCUAUCAACUCCAACAGCUCCCUUUUUCGUCUUGUUCACCUUCAAAGGCUGGACCUUGCCGAUAAUGACUUCAAUUACUCUCAAAUUCCUACUAGCAUUAGGAAUUUCCCUAGCCUCACCUAUCUUGACCUCUCUGCCUCUGUCUUUUCUGGUCGAGUCCCAGCAGAAGUUUCACAGCUGUCCAAGCUGUCACUCCUCAAUCUUUCUUCCAAUACCGAUCCUUCUUAUUUCCCUUCUAGUGUGGGAUUGUUGAAACUUGAUGAAUUCAAUUUCAGAAAUCUUGUUCGAAACUUAACCAAACUAGAACAUCUUCGUCUCCGUUACAUAAACAUAUCUUCGACAAUACCCUAUUCCAUGGCCAAUCUAUCAUUUUUGACAACCCUCGACUUACAUCAGUGCGAGUUAUUUGGAGACUUCCCAGUAACAAUUUUCCACUUACAAAACUUGAAAAGUCUCUAUGUUAGAGACAACCAAGAUCUCAUUGGUCAUUUGCCUGAAUUUAAUCAAAGUAGUCGUCUCAUCACACUUGAUCUUCACGGAACUAGAUUUUCUGGUAACUUUCCAUCUUCCAUAGGAAAGAUUGAUUCUUUGAAGCAGUUGGACGUGGCUGCAUGCAAUUUUUCAGAAGGCUUUGUUCCAUCUUCCAUAGGUAAUCUGAGACAACUCGUUUAUCUAGACCUUUCAGCAAACAAAUUUGUAGGUCAGAUUCCCGAGUCCUUUGCAAACCUUACCCAAUUGACCGUCUUUCGGAUUAGUACAAGUCCAUUAUCUGGUCCGGUCCCAUCGUGGAUAGGUAAUUUCAGCAAGCUAGUUUACCUAGAUUUUGCAUUUAGUAGACUGAAUGGUUCAAUUCUUGCUUCAUUUUCCAAUCUCACGAACCUUGAGAUUCUUUAUCUUCAGAACAAUGACCUGAGAGGUUCAGUUGAGUUUCAACAAUUUCAAAACCUUCAAAAUCUCUACCAACUCGAUCUAGGUGUUAAUAAUCUGGAAUUUCUCACUGGUUCCGAGAUUAUGAAUGCAACUGUUCCACAGUUCACGCUUCUAGGAUUAGCUAGAUGCAAUUUGACACAGUUCCCGAACUUCUUAAGAUAUCAAAAAAGUUUGCAGUAUUUGAACCUUGAUCAAAACAAAAUCCAUGGCCAAGUACCGAAAUGGAUGUGGAACAUGAGCACCGGAAGUUUGAAAACUUUCAACCUUGACACUAACCUCCUUUCAGGCUUUGAGAACCUUCCAGAUGUCCUUCCCUGGGUCGACUUGCGCGCUUUCGCUCUUACAUCAAACAUGUUUCAGGGCCCACUCCCAGUACCGGCAGCAUCCACCAUAGUCUAUGGAGUUCAGAAUAACAACUUUGCUGGAGAAGUUCCACCAGGAAUCUGCAAUAUGAGUUCUCUUCUGGCCCUUGAUUUGUCCAACAACAACUUUAGUGGCAUGAUUCCGCAGUGUUUCGGAAACUUCAGCGACCAUCUUACAGUUUUGCUUCUUGGAAAUAACUCGUUUCACGGCACUCUUCCCCAAAGACACACCAACAAAAGCAACUUAAGGAUACUUGAUGUAAGUCAAAAUCAAUUGCAAGGACAGCUAUCGACGUCGUGGGGGAAUUGUCUGGUGCUUGAGACGUUGAUUCUGUCAAACAAUAACUUUAGCGAUGUCUUCCCCUUUUGGUUGGGGAGUCUUCCGGAGUUAAAAAUUUUGGCAAUGCGGCAUAAUGGUUUCUAUGGAAUGAUAGCAAAGCCUGAAAACAAUCAACGGUUCCCGAAGUUGCGUGUUUUGGAUAUGUUGUAUAACAAUUUCACCGGGCAGUUUCUAGCUGAGAACAUCUUCACCGAGUAUGGAAUGAGACCAAAUAUAACGGUGAGCCAAAGAACAUACAUAGAGGCUGACAUCAGCUACGAAGCUUCUUAUGGUGUCACCACUGUGUCUUAUGGUUCCACGAUUACAAUAACCAGUAAAGGUGUUGAUAGAUACUAUUCAAAGAUUCAAGAAGCCUUUGCAGUCAUUGAUAUCUCAUGCAACAAAUUUGAAGGGAAGAUCGAUGAAUGGAUUGGGAAUCUAAAGGGGCUUCGCUCACUGAAUGUUUCCAACAACCUUCUUACAGGAAGGAUCCCAUCAUCUUUGGGGAAUUUAAAUGAUCUCGAAUCACUGGAUCUAUCGAAUAACAAGCUCUCGGGAGAGAUCCCCCAGCAACUGGUUCAAUUGACAUUCCUUGCAAAGUUCAAUGUCUCUCACAACAAUCUCACAGGUCUCAUACCAAGUGGAACCCAACUCAGGGGGUUUACUCUCUCGUCUUAUGAAGGAAACUCUGGGCUGUGUGGAGAUCCAUUGCCAAGGAAAUGCGGGAAGCCUAAUACCCCGGCUCAAGUGCCACCUUCCAGCACAGAAGACAACAACAGUUCAGGGUCUGGAAUUGAAUUUGAUUGGAAAUUUGUGUUGUCUGGAUUUGGAAGUGGAUUGGUGGUUGGAGUGGUACUUGCGGACAUGGCAAUCACGCGGAGGCCUGAGAUAUUUCUUGAGAUGGUUGGAAGAUUAGUCAGACUAAUGAAAAUGAUCACAAGGUGCAAGAGGUUAGGACGCUGA